AUGGACCGAUUACCGUGGAAGGAAGAAGAAGCGGCGGUUGGCGGUGGAGAAAGUGGACCGCCGCAAAGACCGAAUUUAACUCUCCCGCCACGUACGGACGCCCUUUUCAGCGGCGGUUUUAGCCCCGGUCCUAUGACUUUGCUCUCUAAUUUAUUGACUGACGGUGAUGACGGCAAGUCCUUCUCUCAGCUUCUCUCCGGUGCCAUGGUGUCUCCGGUCGCCACCGCUGGCGCGCUUGAUUCACCUGGCUUCUUUUCACAUCCUCAGGUGUCCUUUGGAUUGUCACAGGCACAGGCACAAGUUUCAUUUCAAGGAGCACAACCCAACAUAAAUAUGUAUAACCAAGCUGAACAUUCAUCGUCUGUAUCAGCAUCCACCGCAUUCACCAAUCACGGUCCUCCUUCUGGACAAAGGUUGCAGUCUUCUUCGCUGAAUGUUGAUAAGCCUGCUGAUGACGGUUACAAUUGGAGGAAGUAUGGACAGAAACAGGUGAAAGGUAGCGAGUUUCCUCGAAGUUACUAUAAGUGCACACAUCCUAACUGUCCUGUCAAGAAAAAGGUUGAGCGGUCGCUUGAAGGUCAUGUAACUGCGAUUAUUUAUAAAGGAGAGCACAAUCAUCAACGUCCCAAUCCUAACAAGCGAUCGAAAGAUGCCAAUGACAAUUCAAAUAUGCAAGGGAAUGCUGAUUCGUCUUAUCAACGGACGAGUACAAACUCAAUGUCUAUGAUGGAUCCAGAAUCCAGUCAGGCAACAGGUGAACAUAUAUCUGGAAUGAGCGAUAGUGAGGAAGUAGGUGAUCGUGAAACUGAAGUGGAAGAGAAAAGAGUUGAGCCUGAUUCCAAAAGGAGAAAUACAGAAGUCGCGGUCUCAGACCCAAUAGUUUCUUCACAUAGAACUGUCACCGAGCCUAGAAUCAUCGUGCAAACGACUAGUGAAGUUGAUCUCUUAGAUGAUGGUUAUAGAUGGCGAAAAUAUGGACAGAAAGUUGUCAAAGGGAACCCUUAUCCUAGGAGCUAUUACAAAUGUACAACACCAGGUUGCAACGUUCGCAAGCAUGUAGAGAGGGCUUCGACAGAUCGUAAAGCAGUCAUAACAACAUAUGAAGGAAAACAUAAUCAUGAUGUUCCAGCAGCUAAGACCUAUAGCCAUACUUUUGCCAACAAAAAUGCUUCACAGUUAAAAUCACAAAGUACCAUUUCUGAGCAGCCUAGUUUCGGCAACAUUGGUAGUGUUGGUAGCAAUGAGCAACAGCCUGUUGCGUGUCUAAGGCUGAAGGAAGAGCGUAUAACUUAA